AUGGUAGGUGGGACCUUGCCGGCACGUAAAGUUAUGGUGGUCGCAGACCCCAGCCGCGAUUCAGCCGCCGCCCUUCAAUAUGCUCUCUCCCAUGUUCUGGUUGAGAAUGAUACAUUAAUUCUUCUUCAUGUUGAGAACCCUAAUAAUAGUGCCUGGAAAAUUCCAUUUAGUGCAAUCUUUAAAAGGCCCUCGAACGGCUCCGCGGCCGCCUCCCAAAGGAACCCCUCUACAUUCAUAGAAGGUGUCAUUGGUGCUGGCGGAACCAAUGUAGGUGUUGAAGGAGAAGGCACCAUUGAUUUUCUUGAAGCAAUGAAGCAUGCUUGUGCGAUCGUGUACCCGAACCUAAAAGUUCAAACAGAAAACAUGGGAAUGGAUGGCAAGGACAAGGCUUCUGUGAUUCUUGCACAAUCCAAAGCUCAUUGGGUUGAACUCCUUAUUGUAGGCCAGAAGACAACCCUCUCUAACGCAAUUCUAGGGUCUAGGCGUAGGUCAUUACGAGGACUUGAUACGGCAGAAUUUUUGAUCCAGAACAGCCAAUGCACCUGUGUUGCAGUGCAGAGGAAGGCUAUGGGAGGAUAUCUGCUAAAUUCCAAAACUCACAAAAAUUUCUGGUUGUUAGCUUAG